AACCAAAAGCAAAACAGUAAAACGUUAGUACGAUGUGAAAGAAGCUAAACGUGAAUUUCAACGCGCAAUUUUCGCUCACCAAAAACAUGAAGUACUUAAAAUUUAUCAAUAAAUUUUUCGCGAAACAUUUACUAGCAUGUAAUACGGUCAGUAGUGCUGUGAUAAUGACCACCGGCGAUAUAAUCGUUCAAAAAAUAACUCGACCAGAAGAGCAUCAAUGGGAUAGAACAUAUAAAAUGGGUUUCGUCGGUGCGACGAUGGGACCUUUGGAGCAUUUCUUUUAUAAAAAUUUGGAUAUUGUGUUCCCAAAGACUGAUAAGAGGACUGUGUUUAAAAAAAUUUUCGCCGAUCAAACUAUAGCUGCGCCUUUUUUCAUAUGUUCGUUCUUCUUCCUAUGUAAUGUUUGGGAAAAGAAACCGAAAGAGAGUAUCGACGAAAUAAAAGCUAAAUUUUUGGACGUUUAUAAGGUGGAUUUAUUAGUAUGGCCGGCCGCUCAAUAUAUCAAUUUUUUGUAUCUACCGCCACAAUAUAGAGUCCUGUAUGUGAGUGGUAUAAGUGUUAUUUACACUGCCUUCUUAUCUUAUAUUAAACAUCAGGGAUUAAUUUUUGAAAAAUGAAGUUCGAAAUGUUUCAUUUUUCAAACUAUACCAUAUCAGUUGCAUCGACCAGUAAGUAGGUGUUUACGUUUACGAUGAUGGACAAUAAUUUAAAUGUGAUAUUUUUCCAUAUCCAUUCCAAAUUUACUUAAUAAAUUUACUGUUUUGUUG